UCAAUGGAGUGAUUUGGAAGGAGUCAUCUGAAGAUGUGUAAGAGAGCUCAACAAAGCAGGACCCUGGGUUAUUUUAACAAAUUUAGUUUUUCAAGGAGAGUCCAAGCCACAGGGAUUGUCAUGCAGGUGGGGGCAGAAGGACGGGAGCACAGGGGUUUGGGGAGCAGUCCUACGCUGCCAGGCCUUUGCCUCAGGUUCUCUACAUCAAGGACCUGGGCACGCAAGAAGUCGUCUCCAAUGACAAUACGCUCAGGACGGCCACAGGUACCACACUGGAGAGGUCACCUCGAAACAUUAGGGAGGAACCGGCGUCGAAAUCCGCGCGAAAGGAAUAUGGAAAGGCUUAGAGAGAAAGUUGAACGCAUGGGGGCGCUAGGAUGUGUGAGACAGAGACCAGAAGCGUCCUGAGGGCCCGCAGGGGAUGCCAGGACUCUAUCCUAUAGGAGCAGCCCAGACAAAAGACCGACAAGGAGCGAUGCACGCCUGAGGAGUUUUGGGAGAGGCCGGUGGGCCAGGGUGCUGCUGCGGCGAAAAGUGGCAUUAAAAGCUUUGCCUGGAGAAAGGCCUUAUUGCGCCUGGCGCACGCUCCGUGGUAGGUAAGGGAGGGGCCUUACCUCGCUGUUGCGCCCCGCCCCACGAACAAAUAUUUGACAUUCCAGUCUUAUCCCGAGGGGGCGGGGCCCAAACUGCGAAGUUUCCUCCUCCCUCGGGCCUCAUUGGCUUAACGCUUCCGCGGGUGGGGACAAGAGAGCAAGCCCGGGUGUGCAGUCCAGAGACCCACAGCCGCACGCCAACACCCGCUUAUACUCUCAAGGGGAACAAUGGUCGUCUGAAGACGCUGGAAGAAUUGUCUACUUCCAACUCCCUCCACGCCGCCGUGCCUGGCGGGAGUCACUUCCGAUUCGGGCGCCUCAGUCUCUUUAUCCGUCAAGCGGAGACGCAGUGCGCGAUCAAUGGGCAAGGUCUCCGAGCCCCCCACCCACCCCCAGCUCUUUCGCUGUCUCCAUUGUCCGAAGGUUCGGAUGCAGUGCCCUGCUUUUCCGAAAUCGCGAGGUGCUGCUUCCGCUUCAGUUUCGGCUCGGGCUUGGCAACCCCAUGUCUGGCAACCUCCGCCGGGCUGAAGUUCUUUCUUCCCGUAGGAUUCUUAUUUAGUUUCUCAGUCAUAUAAACGGGAGAAUUGGGAGAAGUCCGGGGCGGCCUAGAAACGUGCUGUAAAGGAGCCUCACCAAAAUUGAUGGGGAGAAAGGGUACUGGGAGCCCUCCACGCGGGACUGUCCGAAUUAGGAUGUCGGUCCCAGAUGGAAAAGAUCUGCAGUCCGCACGCGCAAUUCACACAUUUGCAACUAGUCCCCACCCGCCAGCGCGCUUACAUCUCUAGGCAACAGGCCGGUCGGCAAGGGGGUAGGGCGACAAUUUCAAGCAGGAGUUCCCACGUGGGGUAAGGGUGAGGCACCAGGCCCAGACUAUCCGGCUUAGCCCCGUCUAGAGUGCCAUUCUCGGGAGUAGAGGAGUCUCCUCCUCCUUCCCAGCACCAGGCCUGCGCACCUCCGACCGCGCUUCGGCACCACGGGCACUUUCUGGAGCCAGGCUAAGGCCCGGCCUUCGCAUCUGUAUGGACAAGCUUUGCCCAGUGACCUCUGAUGAUUCCCGCCCCCUCCCCCCCAUCCCCACGGCUCUAAUGACCUCUGGUGAUCCCUGUCCCGCACAGUCGCCCUCUGGUGAUCCCCCACACAGGCCUCCGAGUGAUCCCCGGUAACUCUCACCGCACCUUUGACCCUUGGUGACUUCUGUCACUCCCCAGGGCCCCCACAGCCCCUGGACUGCCUCCUGGUGAUUUUCACAAGUCUCAUGUGACCCUUAGGACUAGAGAAGGCCUCUGGUUUUGCCCUUGGCGGAGGCCUCACGGUGAGAGGCGGAGAGGAGGGGAAGGAUGGCGUCACCCCAGAAGUCAGUGGACUGUGGAAAUGGGAGUUCGGGCUCCAAGCGCGCGCCCAGGCCCGGCGUGUGAGUGCGCGCGUCCUGGGCUAGGUUCUAGUGGCCCUCCCCCACGGCUCCAGGGGCCGCCCUUGGUCACGUGGCCAGCAGGGCCGACAGGUAACUCGCCCAGCGAGGGCGGGGGCCGGUAGCUGCUCCGCCUUGUGGGGCACCGCGGGCGGGUCUUAGCAGCGCCCACAGCUCCAGCCCGGCCGCAGGUGCCGCCCCCAAAACACGGUGUCCCGCCCAAGCUGGUCCGCGUCUGCCUUCUGUCGGUGCGUGCGUGCGCCUCGUCGGUCCGCGCGUGUGUGACCGAGCGCCCCCUUCCUCUACGGCCAUGACUCCGCCGCCACCUCAGCCACCGCCCCCGGGUCCGAACCCCGCCGCAGACUCCGCUGCCGACCCCUGCCCAGAGCUUGGCCCCUUGAUCGUACUGUUCGGAGCCACGGCGGGAGCACUGGGGCCGGACCUCGGCUCCGACGAGACUGAUUUAAUCCUUCUAGUGUGGCAAGUGGUGGAGCCACGGAGCCGCCAGGUGGGGACGCUGCACAAAUCACUGAUUCGCGCCGAGGCGGCCGCAUUGAGCCCGCAGUGCCGCGAGGCGAGUGGCCUGAGCGCCGACAGCCUGGCGCGGGCUGAGCCGCUGGACAAGGUGCUGCAGCAGUUCUCACAGCUGGUGAGCGGGGAUGUGGCUCUGCUGGGCGGGGGCCCCUACAUGCUCUGCACUGAUGGGCAGCAGCUGCUGCGACAGGUCCUGCACCCCGAGGCCUCCAGGAAGAACCUGGUGCUCCCCGACACCUUCUUCUCCUUCUACGACCUCCGCAGAGAGUUCCAUGUGCAGCACCCGAGCACCCGCCUUGCCAGGGACCUCACCGUGGCCACCAUGGCACAGGACUUAGGGCUGGAGACAGAUGCCACAGAAGAUGACUUUGGGGUCUGGGAAGUGAAGACAAUGGUAGCUAUCAUCCUCCACCUACUUGAAGGGCCCAGUGGUCAAUUGUUUUCGAAGCCCGAGGUGGUAAAACAGAAAUACGAGACGGGACCUUGUUCUGACCUUGUGCCCUGCUCUCACAGCAGCAAGGCUGAUGUGGUAGACAGUGAGACAGUGGUUCGGGCCCGUGGACUACCCUGGCAGUCAUCAGACCAGGACGUGGCUCGCUUCUUCAAAGGGCUCAACAUUGCCAGGGGUGGUGUAGCACUCUGCCUCAACGCCCAGGGCCGCAGAAAUGGCGAGGCCCUCAUCCGCUUUGUGGACAGCGAGCAGCGGGACCUAGCGCUGCAGAGACACAAGCAUCACAUGGGUGUCCGCUAUAUCGAGGUAUAUAAAGCAACAGGAGAGGAGUUUGUAAAGAUUGCAGGGGGCACAUCACUAGAGGUGGCUCGUUUCCUGUCACGGGAAGACCAAGUGAUCCUGCGACUUCGGGGACUGCCCUUCUCGGCUGGGCCAGCAGAUGUGCUGGGCUUCCUGGGGCCAGAAUGCCCAGUGACUGGGGGUGCCGACGGUCUGCUCUUUGUGCGCCACCCUGAUGGCCGGCCCACUGGUGAUGCCUUUGCACUCUUUGCUUGUGAGGAGCUGGCACAGGCUGCACUGCGCAGGCACAAGGGCAUGCUGGGUAAGCGAUACAUUGAACUCUUCCGGAGCACUGCAGCUGAGGUGCAGCAGGUAAACACCCGCUACGCAUCCAGCCCACUCCUUCCCACACUGACUGCUCCACUGCUGCCCAUCCCUUUCCCACUGGCAGCUGGGACUGGGAGAGAUUGUGUACGCCUUCGAGGCCUGCCUUACACAGCCACCAUUGAAGAUAUCCUGAGCUUUCUGGGGGAGGCAGCAGCUGACAUCCGGCCCCAUGGUGUACACAUGGUGCUCAACCAACAGGGCCGACCAUCAGGUGAUGCCUUCAUCCAGAUGACUUCAGCAGAGCGGGCCAUAGCUGCUGCUCAGCGUUGCCAUAAGAAAGUGAUGAAGGAACGCUACGUGGAGGUUGUCCCUUGCUCCACAGAGGAGAUGAGCCGUGUUCUGAUGGGGGGCACUUUGGGCCGCAGUGGCAUGUCCCCUCCGCCCUGCAAACUGCCCUGCCUCUCACCACCCACCUACGCCACCUUCCAGGCCACCCCAACACUCAUUCCCACUGAGACAGCAGCUCUCUAUCCCUCUUCAGCACUGCUCCCGGCUGCCAGGGUACCUGCUGCCCCCACCCCUGUUGCCUACUACCCAGGGCCAGCCACUCAGCUCUACAUGAACUACACAGCUUACUAUCCCAGCCCCCCAGUAUCCCCCACCACUGUGGGCUACCUCACCACGCCCCCUGCUGCCCUGGCCUCUGCUCCCACCUCAGUGUUGUCCCAACCGGGAACUCUGGUGCGUAUGCAGGGUGUCCCAUACACAGCUGGUAUGAAGGAUCUGCUCAGCGUCUUCCAGGCCUACCAGCUAGCCCCUGAUGACUACACCAGCCUGAUGCAUGUUGGUGACCCACCUCGCACUGUGCUACAGACCCCCAAAGAGUGGGUGUGUUUGUAGGUGAGGGAGCCAGAAGGUAAGAGCUGGCUGAUGUCCUCAGCUGUCUCUCCUGCAUCUAGAGAACCAGUGCCCUCAACCUGGUAGCUUCUUUCUGGCUUGUUAAAGCUCUCAGAAGGCACCCAGAAGAGCGCAAGUCCUAGCUCCAUCCCCCACUUAUUGCUCUGCUGUUCACCCCAAAAAUGAUGGCUGGACCCUGCAUGCAGGGCUGAGGGCACAAUGGUGCUACCCUGCUCCCAAUGGCCUGGUCUGGGCCUCCUGAGUAGCACCAGAGAGACUUUGGUAUGUUAUGGCUAUGGCCCACGUCCACAGAUUCGGUGGGGCUGACAUCACAGCAGGCUUGCCUUCUUUUUUAAAACGUAAGCCCUGGUGCCCUCAAUGUAUGACUCCUGGGAGCUUCUGAGUAAAGAUCCCAAUGGUGGGAGGAAAAGAAACAGAGAGUGCUGGUCCCAACCCCAGGAUACUUGGACCUCGGUGGCCAUGUUGUGUCAGGUGUGGUCUCACCUAAGGAUGCUAGCUAGCCCCUCCGGCCUGGCACAAGGACUGUCAGAUGGCAAAACCACAGGCUGUUUUGAUGGACUGUACUGCAGUAUCCCCAGAGGACACUAGGGGGCAGGAGGCCCUCACACAAAAACUCAGGCUUGAAUUUUAAAGGGGACUUUUCUGCCUACUUUUCGUGCACACCUUGGGCAGGCAAGUUGUCCCGAACUCAGCAGACACCGUGGAAUGUCCUUUGCACCCAUUAGAGGGUGCAGAACUGAAGCUUCGGAAGGAAAUCUGGAACUCUACCCUCUCUUCCAUAAAAUAAACAAAGGUUUCUAACCACGUGGACUUUUUAAAAGCUGAAGUGCCCUUAGCUUUGGGCCCCAGAGGGAGGGGCUCCAUACCAGCCCCAGGCGGAGGAAAACUCAGGCAGAUUUCAAGGAGACUGUUGACCUGUCGCCGUUUAUUAUUUCAGCACUGUAACUGAGGAGCCUGAAUUGCUGGCUCUUCCCUUUGUAUUUGUAUAAGGAGCACUGUACUCCUAUAAAAGGUUUUAAAAUACAAAAUGUACAAGAAAACACAAUCCCGAGUGCUGUAAACAUAACUGAGAACCAGUCCUUAACCGAACAUCAUCCAUUUUUAUAAAAUACAAGGUUUCAACUUAA